AUGAAAGACCCGUUUUUGCAGGAAUCCACGGCCUCGGAGCCUUUGACGCUGGAGGAGGAAUACGCGAUGCAAGCGUCCUGGAGGGACGAUGAGAAAAAGUGUACCUUCAUCCUCCUUGACAAGACCCAUCCUGCCGCCUCACCUCCUCUCUUCGCUCCUUGCACCAUGGUCGGCGACGUGAACCUCUUUUUCAAUGAUCCAGAUGGUGAUAUGGGCGUGGCGGAAAUCGAAAUUAUGAUUGCUGAGCCCACAAGGAGAGGGAGGGGGCUUGGGAUGGAGGGGGUGGAAGCGAUGAUGCAGUACGCCAUAGAGGCACUGGGGGUCCGGCGCUUUUAUUGCAAAAUCUCCGACAGCAACGUGGCGAGCCUGCGCAUGUUCGAAAGGUGGGCCCUAAAGGAAAGGGAAGUGGGCGCGUGGCUGCAGGCACCAGCAUGUAUUGUCUUAAGUUGCUUGAGAGUCGAGCACAACUAUCUUCGGCAAGCGCCUACGUGGGAUGGACGCCCUGAUCUCAUCCUUUUGGCGCACUGA